AUGGCCGACAACGCGUCGCCAGGCAAGCCUGAACCCGUCGAAGACCCCCCAACCCUCAAAUCAGAGCAGGAUGGUGCCCCCGCGCAACCGUCCAACGGAAAGCCGUUAAACGGCGAUACGAUCAUCGUUCAAGUCAAUGGAUACUCCGACGACGACGACGCGACCUCUACCACCAACGGCCACGCUGCCCAGAACCACGACUCCCACGCUCAUGAUGAUUCGGAGCGCCCGGCCAAGCGACAACGGACUCGAGAUACGACACCCCCACCUAGCGCGCGAAAGCCAAAACCAGAAUCGCCACCGUGGAAGCAGGCCGCUGCCGAUGGUCCAACCUCCUUCACUGAGAACGGCCGGCGCAAGUCAGGGCGCAUCAACCUGCUCCCGUUGGAACUGCAACCGCAAGGCAAAAAGCGGACGACCCGGCGCUCUCUCGGUGGACAAAACAAGACACCAAAGAAGGAGGAACGGACAACCUCUUCCAGAACGUCACGAACGACGGCCGCAACCCCUGUUUCGCGACAAUCACGGAAAUCGUCGACAACGCAAUCUGCCCCGAACUCUUCAUCAAAAAUACCAGCAAAAAGAGCCGCCCCAAUACCGAGAUCUGCCAUUAAAAUCCGCAGACGUUCGCCUUCACCUCCCCCAGUUCACACUCGGCAUUCGACGCGACCGACACGAUCAUCUCGACAUGCUGACACCGAUAUUAACGAUGGACUUGAUUUGAAACGGUCACCUCGAGCUAAUCUCCGCGUCGGCCGUUCUGGAGAGAUACCACUGGUCCACCCAGGGCAAGUGCCAAAGCGACCAAAGCUAGGCACCAGCUUUGAGGACUUUUGGGUUCGUGCCGGUGAUCUUCCAGUUGAAGAAGGCGGCCUGCAAGCCUCAGAGGAUGGUCCGUUUUACACAGAAGAACUAGCGCGGAAAGAUGCCAAGAUAAUACUGAGGAUCGAGAAUGAAACGGAACCUGGUGGCUUGCUUGCUCCUGGUCGCUGCUCAUUAUUUGCACCCGAAGGAGAUGAAGAUGUUCCCCGACAAUGGGCACGCCAAGAUCACAUGGCCAAAGCCGUAGCAAAUUUCCGGAAGCUACUUGUUGCCGAGCAGCAGCGUCAUCGAUUCACCGCAAAGAAGCUUGCAGAAGCCUGUCGUGACGAGUGGAUACGAAGGCAGCCCAAGUCAGCGGAGCAGUUGGAAGCCGAAGCUCGAGAAUUAUGCCUGGCUCGAUACAAACAAGUCUUGAAAGCCAUGACUGGAACAUGGGAGAAUGUGCGCGCCUACGUCAACAAACAGCGCCUCGAAGCAUGGGAAAUUGAGGAACAAAAGCGAGUCAAGGCCGCUUUAAAUGAGGCAGUUAGUCUCUCGGAGCAGAAACUUCAGGCUCGGCGAGGGGGUAUUGAUUCUGAGCCUGUAUCCGACGAUGAUGGCUUUGAUGAUCUGAGUGACGAUAUGAGCGAUGGUAUGAGCACAAUGGAACAGGGAGAUUCAGACCUAGCAUCCGACGAAGGCAGCGACAAUGAUUCCGAUGAAGAUAGCGAUGUCAUGUCAUCCUCAGAAGAUGAGGAUGGUGAUGAUGUUAAAGACGUCGCCGACGAGGGCCUUACACAAGAGCAAUUGCGCUUGAAAUACGCCAACAUCCCCGACUUUGACCCUGGCAGCAAUGAGGAUGCCACCGAUGCGCCGACCGAUGCGCCGACCGAUGCUGCGACGACGCAAGUUGGGGCCGAAACAACCGACGUAGGUGCCGAAACGACCGACGAAUCGAUUGAUAUGGAUGACGACCUGGGGUCAAGCGAUAUGGGCGAAGCUGCUGGCAGUGAUGAAUCAGAGGAGGAAGAGUCAGAAAGUGAUGGUGGAGGCAUGCUAGGACUCUUGUUUGGCAAAUCUGAGCUUAAGAAAAUUAAGCAAGAAGCUGAAAGCGAAGCACCCACAGCUGCAGACGACACUGAGUUGCCAGCUUCGACAGCCGGCGUCAAGGAGGAGCAGUCCUACUUUGGCGAUGAUUUCGACGACGAAGAUGAAGUAACCUUGAUACAGCAUCCGGAUUUCCCCACAAAGGUUCAGGAGAGGCCAGUCGACAAGGACGAGUUUGUUAGUAUGGAGAAUGGCGGGCAUGGAGAGGAGUCAGAGGUCACGAAUCUGGUUGAAGCUGACGCGAUGGAGGUGGAUGAGGUACCAGUUGAAACAAACCCCAUGGAAACUGCCCAACCCGAAGUCGAGGAUCUAGCAAUGGCGAACCAUGAUGUGGAGUGCGAGACAGUAGAGCCGAAGCGACCCGCCAGUCCGGAGACAGACGCGAUGUCGAAUGCGCACACUGCAGAACCUACCCAGACGCCCGAGACUACCGAUACCAAGGCUUCAGAAGUGGACUCUUCUUCUGCGCCUAUACUAGCCAAGCCCAGCACAGAUGACGACAUAUCGGACUCCCCCGGCAAAGAAUUGACUCACAAGAUUGAAGUGCCUUUUCUCCUGCGAGGCACUCUGCGCGAGUACCAGCGGGACGGCUUGGACUGGCUUGCAGGAUUGUAUGCCAACCACACAAAUGGUAUACUGGCAGAUGAAAUGGGGCUGGGAAAGACUAUUCAGACAAUUGCACUGCUAGCGCACCUCGCGUGUCAACAUGAAGUCUGGGGGCCGCAUUUGGUUAUUGUGCCGACCAGCGUCAUGCUCAACUGGGAAAUGGAAUUCAAGAAGUGGUGCCCUGGGUUCAAGAUCCUCGCCUAUUAUGGUACUCAAGAGGAGAGAAAGAGAAAACGCCAGGGUUGGAAUAAUGAUGAUGUGUGGAACGUCUGCAUUACGUCGUACCAACUAGUGCUCCAGGAUCAGCAAGUGUUCAAACGUCGGCGAUGGCACUACAUGAUCCUGGACGAAGCGCACAACAUCAAAAACUUUAAAUCGCAGCGAUGGCAAACUCUACUUGGUUUUAAUACACGAGCGAGAUUGCUGCUCACUGGCACGCCGCUGCAGAACAAUUUAACGGAGCUGUGGUCGCUUCUGUUCUUCCUCAUGCCUGCGCAGAAUGGCGAGGGCGGCUUCGCGGACCUUCAAGAGUUUCACGAGUGGUUCCACAAACCCGAAUCUCAGAUUUUGGAGAGCGGCCGUGAGCAGAUGGACGAGGAGGCAAAGGCAAUCAUAUCCAAGCUCCACAAGGUUCUGCGGCCAUAUCUGCUGCGUCGAUUGAAAGCAGAUGUCGAGAAGCAGAUGCCAGCCAAGUACGAGCAUGUCGAGUUCUGUCGACUUUCAAAGCGUCAACGCGAGCUAUACGAUGGCUUCCUCUCUCGAUCGGAUACCAAAGAAACGCUGUCGUCUGGCAACUAUCUGUCCAUUAUCAACUGUCUAAUGCAACUGCGAAAAGUGUGCAACCACCCGGAUUUGUUCAUCGACCGGCCCAUCAUGACAUCGUUCCGCCAAGAGAGUUCAGUACCGGCAGAAUAUCAAGUGGCAGAGCAGCGCGUGCAGCGUCUUUUAUUACGAAAACAUCCGAUGCGCGAAGUCGACCUCGAAUUUCUCAACCUAGUGCCGGCGAAAAAGGAGCUACAGUCAAUCGCAGCCUGUGACCGCGUUGCUCAGCUCAGCUCGUACCGAAUCAUGAUUGAUAUGAAGGAAGCACAGCAUGUUCGCGCACAGUAUGCGUAUUCGCACUUGGAUCCCUUGACGGUUGAGUCCACGGUACGCUAUCUGGAGAGUGCAGCGCGAUGGGGCAGAUUUGAAGAAUUGCAACAUUCAGUGUACAUCAAUGCUCUUCGGCGCCAACAGAGACCCGUUUAUGGCUCCGACUUGAUCGAGAUGCUGACGAUUGAUGCGCACAAAAGGCCCUACCGACCUCGACCAAAGGUGUCAAAGUUUAUCAUGAGUUGGUUCGAGGAUGAGUCGUCGCACUUGAACGCCCUGACACCGAGCCUGCAUGAACGCGCAGAUGAGUACAAGAUUCUCAUUGAAAAGUUCUCAUGCGUCACUCCCGCCGUAGUCACAAGAGACAUGAACGAAAUUGUGUUGGGUCGCAAGGCGGCGGAACGGUUCAGCGACGAGGAUCUGAAGCUGUCUGCCCCUGUGCGUUGGGCACCUUUUCUACCAAAAGAGGCGCCAGCAGAUCCAUGGCACGAAGCGAGAAUGCGACACACUAUUCAAUUCCCAGACAAGCGACUUCUUCAGUACGAUUGCGGAAAGCUGCAAGCCCUGGACAAGCUCCUACGUAAGCUGCAGUCUGGCGGCCAUCGGGCGCUCAUAUUUACGCAGAUGACAAAGGUGCUGGAUAUUCUGGAGCAGUUUUUGAACAUCCACGGACAUAAAUAUCUGCGACUGGACGGUGCAACCAAGGUUGAACAGCGACAGAUCCUGACUGAUCGGUUCAACCACGACCCGCGCAUCUUGUGCUUUAUCCUCUCGACGCGAUCCGGCGGUCUUGGCAUCAACCUGACUGGUGCAGACACAGUCAUCUUUUACGACCAGGAUUGGAACCCGGCGAUGGACAAGCAAUGCCAGGAUCGAUGCCAUCGAAUUGGUCAGACGCGAGACGUGCACAUUUACCGACUGGUGAGCGAGCACACGAUCGAAGCGAAUAUUCUACGCAAGGCAUCGCAGAAGCAGAUGCUCGACGAUGUUGUUAUCCAAGAAGGAGAGUUCACUACGGACUACUUUAACAAGAUGUCGAUCAAGGAUGUGUUGGCGGACAAGGUUGACGAUACCAGUGAAGGCGUUUCUGCGGCGGAUGCUGCGCUAGAUCGUGUGCUGGGCGGGGGUGACGGCAACCGUGACCAACGGACGGUGGGCAGAGCGUUGGAGCAAGCUGAGGACCGGGAGGAUGUGGCGGCUGCUCGGGUGGCCGAGAAGGAGAUCCACGACGAUGAUGCCGACUUUACGGAGAGGGCAAGCGGCGCUCCGUCUGGCACGUCGACGGCACGUCAGGGAACACCGCUGGACAAGACGGACGUGGAGUUUGGCGACGACGGCCAAGUGGUGGAGGUGGAGUACAACGCGUACGGGACGCGGAUUGGGACGAUUGACGACUUCAUGCUGGCGUUUAUGCGGGAAGCACUGCGGUACACGAAGCUGGAUCUGCCCAAGGACAAGAAGAAGGGCAAGAAGAAGGGUAAGGAUACGAGGAAGCGGUGA